AUGACAUCCAACAUCCCCGAGAUUCUGCUCCUCUGCAUGGACAAUGAAUACAUAAGCGCCUUCGAGAAAGCCCUUCGAUCCCAGUGGCCAGACCAUACCCCCGACAAAAUCAAAAUCACAACCAUAAAUGAACGUCUAAAUAGUAUCCCGCCCGCAACAACCUUCGAUCUAAUCGUCUCCCCCGCAAACUCAUACGGCCGUUUAGAUGGCGCAUUCGACGACGCAAUUUCCAGAACUUUCAGUCCACGAGAGGAUUAUCAUGCCCUUACCCGAGCAACACAGUUAGUCUUAUACGAGAAAUGGCGCGGCUUCGCACCACCUGGCUCAUGCACGCUCGUUGAGUUUCCGGUACCACUGAAAGAGAAUCCGCGCGCUUGUGAAUGGAUUGCUAUUUGUCCGACAAUGAGAGAGCCUGAAGAUGUUAAUUGGGAUCGGGAGAUUGUUUAUGAGUGUGUGUGGAGCUUGUUGAAUCAAGUUGAAGCGUAUAAUCGGGAUCUUUGGAAGGGAUCAGCAUCUCAGAAGUCGGGAUCGGCUCGAGGAAAGCGUAUUAACUCGAUGCUUUUGACGCCGUUGGCUGUUGGUAUUGGGAAAGUUAGUAAGGAGCGCUGGGCGGCGCAGAUGGUUUUGGCUCUGAAGCAUUUUGUUGAUUCUAUUGAGAAUGCACCGGUGUGGAGUGCUUUAGAGUGGGAUCGUAUUGGGAGGUUUGGGGUUGAGCUUAAGAAGACUUGGAAGUAG